UCUUUUUCUUCUUUCUCCACCAUUCCCGCCAAAAUGGUCGCAGAGACAAAGCUAUACGAUGCCCUGGGGAUCAAGCCGGAUGCCUCGCAGGAUGACAUCAAGAAGGCAUACCGCAAGUCGGCGUUGAAGUAUCACCCAGACAAGAACAAGAACGACCCAAACGCCGCCGAGAAAUUCAAAGAUGUGUCCCAAGCAUACGAAGUCCUCUCAGACCCUGAGAAACGUAAAGUCUAUGAUCAGUUCGGCCUCGAAUAUCUCCUCCGUGGUGGCCCCCCGCCCCCGUCUGCGGGCGGUCCCGGCGCCGGCGCCGGCGCCUCGCCCUUCGAAGGUGGCAUGCCCGGCGGCUUUGGCGGCAUGCCCGCGGGAGGCGGCGGGACACGCACCUUCCAUUUCUCGACUGGGCCUGGCGGCGCCGGUGGGUUCCAGUUCAGCUCUGCGGACGAUAUUUUCCGGAACUUCGCCAAGUCGAGUGGCGCCGGCGGCGGCCUGGACGAAGCCGAUAUCUUCUCGAUGCUGGGCGGCGGGUUGGGCGGUGGUUUGGGAGGCGCUGCUGGGCCUAGGUUCCGCACCAGUCGCGGACCAGGCGGGUUCCAGCAGUCUCCGCGGGCUCCGACGCCAGAGCCGACGAUUAUGGAGAAGCAGCUGCCACUCACGCUGGAGGAGCUUAUGCGGGGUACGACGAAGAAAGUUACCGUGAAGAGCAAGGCGUUUGAUGCGAGCGGCAAACGGACCGUUCAGGAUGUUACGUUGGAAGCGACUAUUAAGCCUGGUCUGCGGACUGGAUCCAAGUUUAAAUACCGCGGCGUCGGUGAUCAGGAGGAAGGCGGGCGACAGGAUGUGCAUCUCAUUGUGACAGAGAAAGAACACCCCAACUUCAAACGACAAGGCGACCAUCUCAUCACAACAGUGGAACUCAGUCUCAAAGAAGCUCUGACCGGCUGGGAGCGGAUCGUGCGUACCAUCGACGGCAAAUCGAUCCGUGUCUCCAAGCCUGGUCCAACAUCCCCGGGAUACGAAGAGCGAUUCCCGGGACUUGGAAUGACCAUCUCGAAGAAGCCCAGUGAGCGGGGCGAUCUUAUCGUCCGUGUCAAUGUCAGAUUCCCUGCGACGCUGUCUGCUUCUCAGAAAGAGACUCUGAAGAGCGUGCUCCCGUAACUUUUUUUCUUCUUCUUUCUUUCAUUGGGAAUUCAUCCUAGCAUUUUUGGCGUUGGGCGCGAGCACGGUUGAUUCGCGAAUUGUUUAUGAUGAGAUGAUUCUGCAUACUUUCUCCAUACUUAACUAGCAUGUUUAGUUCU